AUGAUGCACACACAAAGGCUUGUGAACUUCGUCUAUCAUCGAUUCGCUGUCCAUCGUUUCCAUGCGUCACCAUUGCUCAAGCAAACAGAAGUUGGAUGUUAUGCAGCUGUCGAUUCGUCCUGGGAAUGGCUCAAGGACCGUGAAAAUCCUCGAUUCCAACGGUUUCUCAAAUUAGAGCGCCAGUACAUGGCAAAUCAACUUGCCCAGUUAAAAUUUCGUAGAGUGGAGCGUGCUUUUACUGUAGAACUGCGAAAUCGUCUGGUGGGUGACGAUGUGUGUAGCGUACCAGAGUGCAUUGGUAAGUUUGAAUACUUUAUGAAACAAGCACCAGGCGAAAACUUUCCCGUUUACUACCGGAGACUUCGUGAUGCACCGACGAUGUCAAUAAGGGAAGAGCAAGUAGUAUUGAAUCAGAAUAUUGAGCCAUUGCUUAAUCAUGGCUUUCAGUUUGUUUCGAGUAUGAAGAUUUCUCCUGAUGCUUCACAGCUGUUGCUGGUGAUGGAGAACGAAAGCGAACAGUGUCAAGUUGUACUCAAAGACUUGAAGUCUGGAAAGUUGCAGCUGCUGAAAGAUGUCGUUGGCAUCAAAAAUGUAGAGUGGACUUCCACAUCAAAGAGGUUGUUUUACUAUACAAAAGUAGAUGGUCAUGGGCGACCAUUUGCAGUGUAUCGAUACAAUCUAGACACUCGGAGACAGGAACUGAUUUAUGAAGAGCAGGACAAAGCAUUCUUCGUGGAUGUAUCGCAAACAAAGGACGGAUGUUUUGUGCUGAUCAACUGCAACUCAAAGAAUACGUCGGAAAUUUACGCGCUGGAUGGUCACGAUAUCGAUGCACAGCCUCGACUGCUGCGUCCGCGCGAGGUUGGUACGUUGUACUUUGCAGAUCAUGCUGCUGGAAAGUUUUACAUUGUCACAAAUGCUGAUGGUGCGCUCAAUUACAAGAUUGCCACAUUUGGAAUGGACAUGGCGGAGAAGCAAUGGCAGACAUUUGUUUCUGAGCAUGAAGAUGUGAAGAUUGAAGAUGUCGAUCUGUUUGAAAAAUACCUUGUGCUCUAUGAACGCAGGAACAGUGUGCCACGUAUUCGAGUGAUGGCAUUGGAAGAGACAAACGAGACGAACUCGAGCACUCCUCAUUAUUACAUCCCGUUACCCAAGGAGCACGAAAUAUGUCGAAUUGUACCUGGUGUCAAUCGGGAUUAUGCAGCACACCACGUACGAUUUCAAGUGUCUACGCCAUUAGUGCCAGAAAUCGUGUUUGACUACGAUAUGAAGAGCAGAAAGCUACAAGUGCUCAAGAAGACAGAACUGACAGAUCGCUCUGCUAAACGUGACACCGCGAAUACGGUCACAAAGUCGUUGUUGGAACCCAAACGAUUCACUUGUGAACGGUGUUACGUGCCUAGUAUGAGCAGCACAGGAGUAAAAAUCCCCCUGACCCUUAUUCAUCGGCGUGACGUCACGUUAAAUUGUCAAAACCCGGCGCUCCUCAUCGGUUACGGUGCAUAUGGCAUCAAUCUAGAAGCUGAUUUCGAGCUCGAGCAUUUGAGUUUACUGGAGCGCGGAUGGGUGAUCGCACUUGCUCACGUACGUGGCGGCGGUGAGCUAGGCUUACCAUGGUACCAGGCAGGCAAGGGUAUGCAGAAACGUCACACGUUCGAUGACUACGUAUCGUGCACUCAUCACCUUCUCGAUGCAGGAUAUACGAAUCCUAAACGACUCGCAGGAAAAGGAGUGAGCGCCGGUGGUCUAAUCAUGGGAUACGUGGCCAACGAGUACCCAGAGCUCUACCAAGCUCUGAUUAUGAAGGUGCCUUUUGUAGACAUACUGGCUACUAUGCAAGAUCCGACACUGCCGCUCACCGUUCAUGAAUAUGAUGAAUGGGGAGAUCCCAGUAACCCGAAGACCCGUGAAUACAUUCGAUCCUACGCGCCAUGUGAAAAUGUGCGGGAAAACCAGAUGUAUCCUGCAAUGUUUGUGACCGGCAGCCUGAACGACCAGAGAGUGCAAUUUUGGGAGCCUGCCAAAUGGAUGUACAAAAUGCGUAAAGUGCAGAGUUUGCUGCCGAAGCGCGACAAGCGCCUCAUGCUGCUGAAAAUGGGUGAUGAUGAUGGUCAUUUUGGUGGCGGUGGUCGUCUAGAACAAUUGGAAGAGAGUGCUAUGGAAAUUGCAUUCCUAUACCAAGCACUACGCCUUCCGUUUCCGGAAAAAUAA